AUGUCCAGACUCAAGUUACCCACACUCCUUCUCUACCCAAGGACAACCUCAACCACCAACACCAUGUGUGGCAGCUACUACGGAAACUAUGGUGGCCGUGGCUAUGGAUGCUGUAGCUAUGGAGGCCUGGGCUAUGGCUAUGGUGGCCUGGGCUAUGGCUAUGGAGGCCUGGGCUAUGGCUAUGGAGGCCUGGGCUGUGGCUAUGGAUAUGGCUCCCGUUCUCUCUGUGGCUGUGGGUAUGGAUGUGGCUCCAGAUAUGGCUCUGGUUUUGGAUACUACUAUUGA